UGAAGCCUGUUGAGCAAUGGCGGGCAGCGCCGUGGAGGGGAGCGCCGUGCCGGUUAUCCCGGCCCCCUUGCAAGGGAGCGACUUCCUUAAGGCGUCCCACAUCCAGCUGGGGGCUGAGCGCGGGGUGCCGGGAGGCGCCCUUCGGCCGUUGUCUCACAUCCACUUUCCCCCGAUCUGGGGGUUUUACAGGCCGGCCCCGGCCCCACAACCCCCCAAAGGGCAGGUGCUGAGCCGGGCUCAGGAGGACAGCGGGGAAACCUGCUCGGAAACUCGCCUGGCUUAUCCAGAGAAGCCUCUCCAGCCAGUGACCCCAGCUCUGCCCCUGCAGCCGGGUGUCCGCAUGCACGCAGACCCCCGCAUCCGUGUCCUCAACUCGACCAUGAGGGACAGCUUCCCCUGGCCCCAUGGCUCCCUGCACAGACCCCCUCUGCCCACCGCCCAGAAAGACAACAUUCCUUGUGGAGACAGAGAGAAAAUAAAGCUCCCUCCGUCUGUUUACAGCCUCUCCUACCCAGCACCCGAGCUCCAGCCCCUGGUCAGGCCCUCACCCCAGGGAUGCUUCCCCACUAUUCCAAGGAGUGCACAGCCCUCUUACAACACUUCUUACCAAGAAGCAUUUAAGGGUGAAUGGAAUCCAACUACAAAGCCAGGUGAAAAGCACGUGUCUGCCAUUAAAUUUGGGGAUCCCAGAAUCAGUGACUCCAUCAGUGAGCAGAAAUACUCCUACGAUGCUCCCGAGAAGGGGUCGUACAGAGCCUAUGAUAAGGAACUUGCUGCCUCCCAGGUCCACCACACCAACCUGCAGCUGGGGGAUGGUUGCACCAGAUUCUCCACCUCGACAUCAGAGCAUUUCCCAGCACACAACCCAGAGCCUGUCACUAUUGUCCAUCCAGACAAAUACGCCUCAUCCAUCCCCAGAGGUGAUGAAGAUCCUGAGAGAAUUCAGGCCUUGGCAAGAACGACUACAACACAGCUCUCCUACCCCAAGCCUGACAGGUACAACCUCACACCAAAGCCACAGGGACAUCAAAGCAGCAUCUGCCUGGGUGACAAACACUCCUGUUUCUUCAGCACAACACAACAGGCAGACUACAGCCCCCCUGAGCAGAGCCAGAGGGUGACAGCAGACAGCAAGAGCCACCACGAGAGCCACAUCCCCUUCAACUACCACAACAAUGGUGAAGUCACCAUCCUGCAGGCGGGGAGGCACGAGUUCCCCUUCACCUUCCAGCUCCCUGAGACCCUGGCCACCUCCUUCGAGGGGAAGCACGGCAGUGUGCGCUACUGGGUGAAAGCCAAACUGCACAGACCCUGGGCAACAGUCAAGAAGGUGAAGAAGGAGUUCACAGUGAUUGAACCCAUCGACAUCAACACACCUGCACUGCUGGCUCCCCAGGCUGGUGCUAAGGAGAAACUUGCUCGUGCUUGGUACUGCAACCGUGGCCAGGUUUCUGUGACUGCCAAGAUUGACCGAAAAGGCUACACCCCAGGCGAGGUCAUCCCUAUCUUUGCUGAGAUCGACAACGGCACAAGCCGAGCGGUGGUGCCCAAGGCGGCCAUCGUCCAGACUCAGACCUUCAUCGCUCGGGGCACCAAGAAGCAGAAGAAAGCAGUGGUGACCACCAUUGUGGGUGACUCCAUCGCAGCUGGGAAGAGGGAAGUGUGGCACGGGCGGGCCCUGAAGAUCCCCCCAGUGGGUCCAUCUAUCCUCCAGUGCCGCAUCAUCCAGGUGGAAUAUUCCCUGAAGGUUUGUGUGGAUAUUCCUGGGACGUCCAAGCUGCUCCUUGAACUGCCACUUGUCAUUGGAACCAUCCCCCUCCAUCCCUUCGGGAGCCGCACAUCCAGCGUCAGCAGCCAGUACAGCGUCAACCUGGACUGGCUCAGCACCAUCCCGGAGCAGCCAGAGGCUCCUCCUGAAUACUCAGCAGUCGUGUCCAGCCCAGAGGCCGAGCAGAGCCUGGCCCCGCCGUGCCGCAGCGAACUCGGUGGCAUCCUGGAAGGUCCUUUCUUUGCCUACAUCCAGGAAUUUCGCUUCCGACCACCUCCUCUGUAUUCAGAGAUCGAUCCCAACCCCCCUUCAGCUGACAUCCGUCCGCGCUGCAUGACCUGUUGAGAGAAGAGCCUGGGAUGUGGUUGUCAGUGUGGUGACAUCCCCUUGGGAUAUCAGGGGUGACAUCCCCUUGGGAUGAAAGCUUUCACCCUUGCAGCACUUUGGGCUGGAAAUGGGUUCUAUGGUGGCUGCGAAGCUCCCGCAGUGCCGAGCCCCCCCGGCUCUGUCCACCGUGCUCAGCUCCUCUUGUGACUGUCCCACGGGUUGACACCCAGCUUGGUGUCAAGGACUUGUGCAUGGGAGGAGAAGAUGUGGGACCCCGUGGUGUGGAGCAGCUCUGCGUGUGCUUGGGCAGGAGGAGAAAGGUCAAGAACUGCCCCAGGGUUUCGGGGUACAAAGAGGAGGAGGUUUGUUCUCCCCUCACCCGCAGGAGCUGUGCUCUGGUCACUCCUGGAGUGGAAAACAGGAGCUUGGAGGUAUUUCUUGGAAUUUCUUGAGAAUAUUUUAAUCUGCUGGGGUUUGAGUCCUGUGGGGAGGCAGGUGCAGCCCUUCUGCUGCAGCAGCUCACCAGGAUUGCAGUUCCCUAAGGAAAUCAAAAGCUUUUUUCUGGCCAGAUGAAGCAGGGACUUCAUCCACUGCUGAUAACCUUUGCCACGAGCCUGGUGAUGCCUCCAGGGGGAAUGAUUUGGGGUAGUGUACCAAAACUCAGGGCUCCCUUGGGCUGUUUUAAGGGCCGAGGACUUGGGGAAUGGAUUUAUGAGCCCACAGCAGCAUUUUGGUGCUAUUUACCAAGAACAAGAAAGCUGAUUCCUGUGUGUCAGCACCAAACCUGCCCAAUGUGCUGAGGUGUCCACCACAAUGAGGCUGAAAACCCUUACCCCCAGCUUCAUGGUACUGCCACAGGGGGUUGGAACUGUGGGUCUGGCAUCUCCUUGGUGGCCAAGGAGAUGGGAAGGAAGCCUGUUCAGAGGCUGGUGGCUUCCACAAAUGCUGAUGGGAGAUGUGGAGUUGAAAUGGAGUCCGUCAGGGUCAGGAGUCCAGCAUGGGCUUGCUCCUUAACCCCUAGAGGAGUCAGUGGCCUCAGUGUGGUGGUGACACAGCAGCAACCUGUGCUCACUGGGGUGGGAACCAGUGAGCUGGGUGUUGGAGCAAGGACUGCUUGAGCAUGCCAGGGGCUCUGCAGAAUUUGGGUGCUGAGGACCUUUGCAUUCCCUCACUGAGCAAACCCUCCCCAGGUGUGACCAAAGCCGAGACCGUAGAGUCCACGCUGGGGCCGUGCUCCCUGGGGGUUGCUCAGAUGAUUUUUGGUUUUAUUUUAUUUUUUGUAUUUGUGAACACUUUUGUAACGACCACUCUUGUCUCUGAUGAGUCUUUUUGUACCACUUUUUGUUGGGGAACUUUUGUUGGAAAUAAAUUCUUUCAACCCAG